UUGAACUACUGGACGCCAGCCCAGCGACUACCGGAUGCCAGUGCUCGAGAUGUUUCCACACGUAUCUGCACGGAGAGGUAUGUACUAUAGACAACCAAUACAGAUACCUAGCUAGAGACGAGGCUAUCCCUCCGGUGGCCCGAAUCUUCCACGGCGUACAAUCUGACAUGGAACCGCGUACUCCCCGAACGACGGGUCUGACUCAGCGCUCUGAGGGAGUGUCCACAGUGAUCUCAACCCACUUCAGCCAAACAUAGCCGAGAUCUGGUCGAUGACAUCUGAAGCCCGAAGCCGGGGACUGUAACGGGCUAAAGACUCGCCUAUUGCUGGGUACCUACCCAUCGCUCUCCAUGUCAACAACACUCGCAUUUCAUCGUGAAGAAGCUUGAGUUCAACGGCAUCAUCUCUCUUCAAAUUUGCUGCAAUGGCGUUUUGAUGACAAUACUAACUGGUCUUCGGUUUGGCGUUCCCACUCUUGUUCAGCCUUACAUCAACCACCAUCAUGGGCGACGUGGGGUCUGUCAACACAUCCACAUCUCAUGCCAUCCCGCCCUUCAUUGAUAAGGUUAUACCCUUUCCCGAGACAGGGACAUCCUAUGUCCUAGAACGGCCGUUGGCAACCUAUAAGCAAUGCCAGGAUGGGACACCUGCCGAAGCGAGGAUGGUAUUCACUUGCAGAAGGAAGCCCUUGACGCACGAAUCCAACGCCUCUUCUGAGAAUGAAACAGACGCGGACGAAUUCGUCAUCAAGAUCAAAGUCCAAAUCCCUGAUCAUGGCCAUGCCGCCGAAGCUGGACCAAGCACAACGACCGCUGCGGAACUCAAAGCUCUGCGAAUCUUCCGCGAUGCCAAGUGUCCGUUCGCGCCCACGCUGGCCGACUACAAGCAGACGACCCAAGGUCCCAAUGGUCCUUUCCCCGGCGGAUACAUAACGUACACCGUCAUGACCAAAAUGCCCGGCGAGUCGCUGCACGAUUCACAUUUCUGGGGUCAAGCGUUCUCCGAUGAGGAAAGAAAGGAAGUUCAGCAGAAGUUUUUGGUCGCUUUACGAGCCAUAUACGACCUCGGCAUCGAACCCGUCGACUGCGCAUUGCGCAAUGUGCUAUGGGAACACGAGACGAAAAGAUGUACAAUCAUAGAUUUCGAGCUCUGGAGAGAACCAUCUGGCCCUAUUGCCGACGAGACGCGAGAGUUGCAGAGAUGGGGGAUUGCUCGACAACCUGCUGCCAAGACGUGGUUCGAAGCCUGGAACAGUCAGUGGAGAUAGACGGAUGGAUAGAUAGAUAAGAUACGGUACAGCCUCAGGUACAUACCUACCUGAAGCAUGGAAUUGGGACUGUGAUAGAGCCGUGGUUCAAGAUUAUAUCAUGCCGUGGGGAUAGAGAACGGUUCAGUCAAGACACAUUACAUCAAGCCUGUGCAAUCGUCCUUGGGUCAAUACAACUCCUCAUGGAUAGAAAGCUGGGUGUCAUCAAGGCGAGCAAACCAGGUUUGCUCUGGGGUGGUUCUACCGCAAGGUAUAGGGUAAGAUAAGACCCAUCUAUUGAUUAUUACAACAUGACCAUCCCUGUUCCUACUGCAUAUUACUCUGUACCUAGCCAUUGCAACUUCAUGGCCUGCGUGCGGCUUAAACCGGACAGACAAAG